GAUCUAGUUGGGCCUAGUUUUACAUUCCCAGCAACUACUGAAGAGAGAGAGAGAGAGAGAGAGAGAGAGAGAGAGAGAGAGAGAGAGAGAGAGAGAGAGAGAGAGAGAGGAGAGAGAGAGAGAGAGAGAGAGAGAGAGAAGAGAGAGAGAGAGAGAGAGAGAGAGAGAGAGAGAGAGAGAGAGAGAGAGAGAGAGAGAGAGAGGGAGAGCUAUUCCCAUUCCAUUGCUCAUUAUUAAUUAUGUGUACUAAGUUUGGUGAUUGUCACCUCCACGGAGUU